GUUCUUGUUCUCAACUCCCAUCUUCCCAUCUUCCCAUCCACCACCCCAUUUAUUUGGGACUGUCAAUGCCAUUACCCUCAAUAUCCUGGAUAUCUUGGAGGCGUUGACCGAAUCUCUGAACUGCUCAAAUUCUAGUAGUUCACAACAAAUACCCAAAACUUGGAAUGUAUCCAGAACCUUCAAAUUCAAAAGCGGCUUCAUCUAUGACGGUUACUCCGGCGUCACAUACGCUGGAAUUCCAGCCAGUAAACGGCAUGGAUGUCAAUGGUGCAAGUGAACCUAUCAUGGAAGAAUUGGAACGCGAACUGCCAAUCGUUUUGGAUGGACAGGUACCCUUGGGUGACUUGCUUUCGCGUGUAAUGCAAUCGAUAUACGCCGAGUUGUCGGAAAUGGCAGAAACUCUUCCUAAUAGUUCUGAUAGUGCCCGCAAGAGAAUACUCGCAGACUGGGUCGUCAAAACGAAGAAACAAGUCGUGAAGUUGUAUGCUGUUGCGAAAUGGGCCCGAGAUGCGGAUACUGUGCAGAAAUGCAUGAAUAUCACGGCCUUUCUCAUGGACCAGAAUCGCCAGUUUGAAGACGCAAUUAUGGGGCUGAAAUAUGCUAGAGAGUCCCUGGAUCCUGCCAGAUUGCGCAAUCACGACCUGCUCACCUCCCUGGACGUACUGACCACUGGAUCAUACCGUCGUCUUCCGGUUGCGAUUAAGAAGCACAUCAUACCACCGACUCACCUUACUGACGCACAAGUAAUCAGAGCUUUGCAAGAUAUACAAGAUGCUAUCGGCUUUCGCCUUCGCCUUCAAGAGAUUAUACCCGUUGAAAUGUCUAACUAUCGCAUAGUUGACGGGCGUGUCUAUUUCACUGCGGCUAAACUCUUUGAGACUUCAUUAUGCUUGACGGGGGUUCAACAGCAGGACGGAUGGUUCCUUGUGGGCGUUGAAUUUCUCCUUAAGAUUGGUGGGGAUAUGACAGGAACUCAAGAAUUUCCUCGCAUUCCAACGGGUAUCAUGAAAAGAUACAUCACUGAAGAAGUCGAUCGUCAACUCCAAAUGUUUAUUUCAAGUCCCGUACCACAAGAACCGCUUCCUCCUGGAGUCGAGGUGCCAGCGAAGCUCGAAUUACCAGACGGUGUGGCGGAUGCUCCCCUUGUGCGACUUUUCAAUUUCCUACAAAUGAUGUCGCUGUCUUAUCAGCUAGAAAUCCUUUGGUAUCAAGCGGAGAGGAUGCGAUCUUUAGGCUGGAGUGACUAUCUCAACGUCAAUAUGAGCCCAAACCGCAAAACCCUGACAGUCUCUUAUUGGAUCCGCAAACCCCUACCACAAGGUCUUCCACGUCAGCAGGUGAAACUACCCAGCCUUGGAGGAACUGUCACAAUAUCUAUUGUUGAAAGCACAAAUCCCUUUGCUACCGGAAGACGAUCUUCUCGUGUACUUAUCUUAGCGGAACUGCAGCAGAAGGCAAAACUCGGAGGAAUGAAGCUCUCAGAUACCGUCGAAAAUCUCAAAAUCGAAGUACGGUGGGAACCCGCACCUAAUGCAUUAGGCGCUCCCGUUUCUAUUCAAGAUUGCAACCUCCCAGAGGGUACCCUCGUAGCGAAUUCGGAUGACUUGGACUUCGAGUCGACGUUACGCACAAUCAUACGUCACCAUACCAGGGCCAUCCUUCAAAGAAUCCAACUGCAGCUUCAGCGUACUGGUAUGCCUCGAUCUGUUUUCGCAGGUCCGGGCGUUGUAAAUCUAGUAGACGAUGAUGAAUUACUGGCUCUCCGGGUUCUGCUUUGCGCUCAGAAAGUCAUCACCAUUAGCAUUGAUGCGCGGACCGGCCGGUUCAUAUUCCGGGAUGCCGGCGAUCUUUCACCAGCUGGACAAGCGUCCCGCUACGCGAUUAUAUUCGAUAAAGUGAACGAGGAACCGCAGUUCUUGCUGAAAAUGCUGAGUAAUCUAAGAGUUCAAACACUUAUCGAACUCGUAGAACAAAAGGCUAACUAUCUUGGGUUACAAAGUUAUCGUCGACGCAACUUUCUACAAGAAGAGCUACAGAAGCUGGGUCCUGCCACUCAAGGGACGUUAUAUGUCCAACUGCAGAACUAUCCAUCCCACUAUCUUGUUAUCGUUGUUACCUUCGACGAGUUUCGUUAUGCCUUGAUCACAACGUCUGUGUUACCCGACUCUAUGUGUGCCAAUAUGGUCAUGGAGGAUAUCGCGUGGCUUGACUUUCAUAGGAUACAUACCGAAGAGGUUGCGCAACCAGACUACAGCGAGCCAAAGAACGGUAUGAAGCGUAAGCGUUCGCAAGAGGAUCUAGCCAAUUCGGAUGCAUCAUUUCCCCGCAUCAACUUCCAACUCGAGACUCAGGUGCUGCGCGAACUAUAUAGCUAUUGUUGUGCCCGAGUUGCGUACAUGAAUGUCGAAAGACAAUUUAAACUUCGCGGGAUACCCUUUACACACGUAAACCCUGCCAGUGGUGUACCUGUCACCCCCGCAUUGGCACAAAUUCAAUCGCCAUUAGCACGAUCUGUACCCGCCCUAUGUGUGCAGUCGAAGCACAUCUUAUCUGGCGCACCCGCUGCAGAAGCGGCGAUGCCUAACAUUCGUGUCAUACCUCUGAACUGGUGGUCAGAAAAGAAUGCCCAGGUUGUCACAUGCGUGAAGUUAAAAUAUGUUCAACAACCCAUGGGUAAAACAGCUGGUACCAGUGCUGUCAUUCGUCCUUCGAAACGAAUAAUCUACGAUACAACGGAGGCGGUUGUAUCUUUCUUGUCGGAAAACGUCAAUACAUGUGUGGAUGAAUUUUUGGAAGAGUGGGCGAGAGUAUCCAAAAUGGUAGUCAUAGCUCGCGAAGUCGCUCAAAUGUCGAAAACGAAAGGAAAGGAGGACAUCUGUUUGUUGUCCUUUGACCUCCAAACGGUCGAAUUUGCCUACGCCGCGGACUAUACUGUGUCAAUAACUUGUGAAGACCAACUGUCACCUACGGGCGGAAACUUUGACCUUCGGUUCUCUCGAAAUCGUGCAUCACGUCGAACACUCAAUCGGGAUGCAGAAGAAUUCUUCAAUCCUCACGAUGACGCGGAGCCGUUUCUUCGGCAUAUACUAAAGCACGGACACGGCCGUCUAGCUCCCUCGCUUCACGUACUGGUUGAUACUCUGCGAGACACUCUCCCAAUUGUCACGGUUCUAGAGGAAAUCAGGAAGGAGUCCGAGAAGCAAGACGGUAAAAUGCCUCCGGUGGACACAUUUGCUAAAUCAGCUGGAUGGUACCGUUUGGUGUAUGGCGAUCUGAGACACGGACUCGAUUUCCGGUUAAUGGCUAAUCGACGGGUAGCAAUACUCGAUACGAGCAAGUCUCUUUACAAUACUCCCUCGACUCACAAGGACAAGACCGAGGAUGGCGACGUCAUUAUGUCGAAUACGAACUAUGAGCCAAACCUCGGCAUGCGGCCUAUACUUGGUUUUAUCGACAUUGUUAAUGAUUCCAUACGAGAGGCGAUAAGAUCUGGAGAUAUACUACCUGGUAAGGUUGUAUCCAUUGACUGGGGGAUGGUGUCAGACCAGGCCGCAGUAAAAUCAAUGAUGAAGAGAGUUCAUGAGAAGGUAGCAGAGAGGAUCAAUGUUUGCGGCUGAUCAAUUAUCUUACAGGCAGUUUUCUAACAGUACAAGUAGAUUACAGAUUAUUCCAUCUCCGUGG